CCGAUUCGGUCACACCCGUACACAAUUUAGAUCACAACAUUAGAAAUGUUACGAAAUGUGUGCAGCUUUUCCACGCAUUUGGGAAAAUGGGUUUUUCAAAUCCAAAACCAAUCGUUUCGUGGCAUGGCGGGUCAUUCAAAGUGGGCCAAUAUUAAACACACAAAAGCCUUGAAAGACGGAGCCAGAGCUGCAUUAUUCGCAAAGAUUUCUAGACAAAUCCGAAUGGCCAUUCAGGAGGGAAAUUCAGCUGAUCCGGCUAUAAAUUCUCUUCUGCGGACAGAAAUAGAAAGGGCCUUGAAGCAAAACAUGCCCAGUGGCACAAUACAAAAUACUUUGAACAAAUUUAAGUCCAGUAAAGUACAACUUAAAAAGUACCGGCUUGAUAUCAGGUAUAAAAGGACCGUGUACUUGAUAUGCAUUUUUUACACAGACAACUUUUCUGGAGUUAAAAUGGACGCGACACCGAUGAUAAAGAAAGCCGGAGGUGAAUUUUUGGAUGUCGGAAACUUGUUUGAGGACUUUGGCUUGAUAGAAGCACGGUAUGAUACAUCAAAACUCGCCAACGGACCUAGUUUGGAAGAUAAAGCCACUAACGAUGCGAUAGAACUUGGGGCCGAAGAUAUCGAAAUAGUUGACGAUGCCGAAGGCUCUGUAAAAUUCUUUUGUAGUCCCAUUGUUUUAACUAGUCUAAGUAGAAACUUGGAAAAAAAUGGAUAUACCAUUGAAAAUAGUGAACACAUAUUUUCACCGAUGAAUGUUGUGCAAUUAUCCGCAGAAGAGCAAAAAGUGUACGACGUUUUCCUGGAAAAACUAAGAAACAUUCAAGGAUUAGAGGAUAUCUAUGACAAUGUUGAAUAAAAACAAAUUUUAAUAAAAGGUGUAAACUUUAAAAAUAUAAA